UAGAAAACAAAUUCAAAUCGAAACUCAUCUAAGAUCAAAACAUUAUCAUUUGACUUUAAAUUCCGGUGUUGUUUGUCUGAAAAACCCGUAUACCCGCAAAUGAAGUUCCGGCGCAAUCCAUUGCCCCGACGACUCGUAGACGUCCUAUGUUUCCUAACGAUAGUCGUUGUGAUACCCCUUGGGAUUCUCUAUGACUUCAUAUUUGUGUUGCCGGCAUACCAUCAGCCUGGAGGAUAUGCAUAUGCUUUCACGGUCCUUACAGUUAUAUUCAUGUUCCUCAACGGAAUCGCAAACCUGAUUGCCUGCAUGAUAGUUGACACAAGCGUCGACCAAGAGCGUGUCGUGCUGUACUCCAGUGGGGAUGUGGAACCUCUCAAUUGGCGACACUGUGCGAUCUGCGAUAAGCUGGCACCUCCCAGAUCCUGGCACUGCAAGGCGUGUGGCGUUUGCAUAUUGAAACGCGAUCAUCAUUGUAUGUUCACGGGAUGCUGCAUUGGGCAUCUAAAUUAUCGAUAUUUCGUGUGCUUCGUGUUCUACCUGUUCGUUUUAUCGGCCCAUCUGCUAGCUUAUAAUUCGAUUCAUUUGAAGAACUUUUUCAGUCUAUUGACUAUUUUUCAUUUCUGGACCGAACCAUGGGGAAUGCUACACAAGCAUUUGCUUUCUCUCAAUGUGCUGCUAUUCGUCCUAACGUCCGUUACUUUGGUCAAUAAUGUGCCCCACAUGUUACGGGGUCGGGUCUGUACUGAGUGCAAGUCGCCGCACAAAUACAAUUGUGGAGUCAACUACAAUUUAAAAAAUAUUUUUGGCCAGCAAAUGUAUAUCGCUUGGCUUUCUCCUCUGAUCGAAAGUCAAUUAGCUGAUGAUGGUUACACGUGGAAAUCGAAGACGGUAGACGAUAAGUUGGAAUAGGUAAAUGCAGCAAAAGGAAUAGCUAAUAGCUAAUGUAUUUGCAUUUUGUUAUAUAUUUGUUAAAAUUAUUGUAGAA